AGGUACACAUGCUACUUCUCACCUUCAAGGUGUAUAAAAACCUAGGGAUAAAAAAUGGCUGCUGCAAAUUCUGUUCCUACUGUGACACUGUCGACAGGGUUCAAGGUUCCAAUUGUUGGCCUUGGAACGUGGCAGUCAGACCCUGGCAAAGUGGAGGAAGCAGUGAAGAUUGCCAUUGAUGCUGGCUACCGACACUUUGAUUGUGCUCUUGUCUAUCAGAAUGAAAAUGAAGUGGGCAGGGCCAUCAGUGCAAAGAUUGCUGAUGGAACUGUGUGUAGAGAGGACUUGUGGAUCACCAGCAAGUUGUGGUGCACUUUCUACACUCGUGCCAGAGCAGUUGAAGGAUGUCAGCUGUCUUUGAAACUGUUGGGUCUGAACUACCUUGACCUCUUCCUAAUGCACUGGCCAUUUGGUUACAAGGAUGGCACUGACUACUUUCCACGUGAUGCUGCUGGGGAAAUAAUUGACAGUGAUGUGGAUUACAUUGAAGUUUGGAAGGGAAUGGAAGACUGUGUUGCCAAAGGCUUGGUACGGACCAUAGGUGUCUGCAACUUCAACAAGCAGCAAAUGGCCCGACUUUAUGAGUCUGCUACAAUAAAGCCAGCAGUUUUGCAGGUGGAGUGCCAUCCAUAUUUGAACCAGAGUGAGCUGCUCAGCUUCUGCCAAGAGCACAACAUGGCGUUAACUGCUUACAGCCCACUUGGCUCUCCAGAUCGGCCAUGGGCAAAUCCUGAUGAACCAGUCCUCUUGGAAGACCCUGCAAUCAAGUCCAUUGCUGAGGCACACGGGAAGACAACAGCUCAGGUGAUCGAACACAGUAAUUACAAUUGAACCUCGUUAUAAAGAAGUUGCAUCAGACACGAAAAUACCUUAGUUAUAUCCUGUAUUCGUUUAAGCCUACAUGCAGA